AGGUGUCGCUACAGAACUGCUCUAAAUUGUGUUGUAUUUUUCUGGGAUAUCAGACGCUCGCACCUGGCGGGCAAGGUGAAUUAACCAUGUGGCCGACCGAAACAAAAACAACAAUAGGAUUCCUCCUGUUUCAGUGUCCUCUCGUGUCGCGAGGUCACAUAUAAGCAGUGUGCGUGACUGUGGUGCAGAUGUAUUGAGGAAAAACGCCACUUUGUCGAGAUAGAAAUGCUUUUCCCAAGACCGUUUGCUAUUUUAUCUUUUGUCGUGGAGGAAUAAAUGUAAAAACAAAAAUGUAAUAUAAUAAGAUUAGUAUCAUAUAAAUGACUCGAUGAAUUAACUUAACAAAAUGUACGGGUAUCCGGAAAGACUUGUCGGCAGCGUCAGGAAAAGCCUGUGUGUGUGCAUCUUGCGCACAAUGUGCUGCUGGCUGCGACUUUAAAACAGCGCUAAAAUUGGGAGAGCGACUUCCUGGUCGGUAGUUUCGAAAUAAAAGGACAAACAGACCUAAAAAUACGAGUUAAAAGCGUCAUGUCUAUUGUGGACACCCGUCUACAACUAUGCUUUCUACCUUCUUUUUGGAAAUUUGGAAAUGACCAAAAAACAAAAGAGUGGCUAGAUAGAUACAACAAUACACAGAGUAAAUAUAAAGUGUUUAAAGCAAUAUAGAAACUAUUUUAGACAUAUUUUAGACAUAUUUACGACCAAUGAGACACUUUAUACAAAGAAACAAACAUCUUCGCUGAAUUACCUAAUAAGCUACGUUAAGUGGUUGCGCAAAUGAAACGUACUGUCCUCUACUAAAUUCUCGUUCUUAAAAACGCACCGGGGUACAUGCCUCUUAUUUUGAAAACACAUCCGGAAGUUGUGCAUUACCUCGUGCUUGACGCAGUUUGACCGCGCUAGCUACUUUUUUUUUUUUUUUUUUUUUUUUUUUUUGACAGCGGAAAUGAACAGUCGCCACUUUUUUCCGCGUCAAGUUCGUGGCUGAAAGUUUUUUUUUUCUUUCCUCUUUUUAGCGGAGGAGCAGGCGCGUGCAGUCACAAUGAGAGAGAACGCGACGGGCAUUUUAGGAUGCAGCUCUUUCUUCUGAUGUCCACUCUCCCUCCGCUGCUGCUCCUCCUCGCCGACGUCGUUUAAGACUUAACUUUAGACGCUUCUCCACACAUUUCCGUUAUGCGAAAUCCAACUUGGUGGUUAGUCGUCGUGCUGCGGUGGGUGCCUGUCCGAGAUAACGGAGAACCAGUGAUUCUCAGCCUGUCUGGUUACUGCAAUGAAUGGUAACACUAUCCAUCCAGCCAACACCACCACAACAGCAGGAGGAGGAGGCCCAGGUGUGGCAGCGCUCCCAAGAGGUUGGAGAGAGUUCUGCGAGCUACAUGCCAUCGCCACCGCCCACCAGCUGGCCGGACACUACCGGAGCUUCGCCAGAGACCGGCCGCAGCAUGAUGUGCUCCCACCCGAGACCUUUUCCAAGCAGUUCACCGACCUCUUCCAGCAGCACUUCUGCUGCGAGGUCGACAAAGACGGCGUUCCCUUCAGCCAGAACACAUGCGCCGCCGCUUCCGGCAGUGCUUCCUCCACAUCUUCAGUGGAAGCUGUGAUCAGCCGACUGCGGAUCACGUCUUCGUCUGGGGUGCAGGACUACAGGGAGGCAGGCCGGCCGAGCGGAGGAGCUGCCCCGCUGGCCGUGUCGCCGAAAGUGGAGCCGGUGGUUGUGGCCCGGGAGCAGGAGCAGCAGUUGAGAUGCGCUGCGGGGAGCUCCUUUUCCGCGUCCCGCAGCGGACCGCUGGUGAUUCGCAGCCGCAGCAAUGAGGAGGUCUCUGGAACCGAUCACCGCCAGGUAUCUGCACGGUACUCGUCUGACUCCUCGGCCUCCAACCCCGGACACACUGACAUCACACAUUUCUCUGUCAACCACAUCCACCAGACAGUAAGGCGGCUUUUAAAAAAUUGGCAGCCCCCCAGCCUCCGCUCAUCCCAGGACCUGUCUCCUAGCAACCCCGUCACCACCAACAGCAGUCCCCCAAAUAAUAAUGACAGAAUGGGUGGAAUUUCCUCCGCCAAUGAGGACAUGUCAUCCUCCUCCUCCUCCUCCCACUCUUCCUCGUGCCUGAACUCUGAAGCCACACCCACAGCUGCUUCACACCGUAGAGUGCGUGGAGUAGUCUCUCAGUUUCUGGGUCGAUUACCUUUUAUACGCAGCAGAAGCCUAAGGCAGAGGAGGUCGGAGGCGAGCGGCUGCUGUAAAGACAGCCAACUGAGGUACUUGAUGGUGGACGACACUAUCUCAGACUCUCAGCCCCACUGGCAACGCUGCCGCCUGCUGGUCAGGAGGAUCAGAGAUGCUCAAGUUGGAGGAGGAGUGGGAGGAGGAGAGAGGUACCAGUUGGAGCUCUACGAUCCACCAAAGGCCUCCAGUCCCAAGCUGACGACUCACUGCUCAGAUAUCCAAGAAGUCCGUCGUUGUAAUCGUCUGGAAAUGCCCGACAACUUAAACACAUUUGUUCUAAAGGUUAGUCGAGGUAGUCUGAUUUUUGAAACGGACAAUGACCAGCAGGUCAGCUCCUGGACGACGGAGCUCAAGGAAUGUAUCAGCAACAGGUCAGGCAGCGUGGACUUGGAGCCCCUCCCCUCACCAGUUGACAGCUCCGCGACAGCCAAUCACAGAGGGAGCUUAGAGUCAGGAAGUCAGAGUCCCACCACAUUCACGCCUCCGGAGCAGGUCACGCAGAAGACAGAUCACUUCCUGUUGUCCUACCCCUGGUUCCAUGGGCCCAUCUCUCGCGUCAAAGCAGCCUACUUAGUUCAGAGCUCUGGACCGGAGGGACACGGGGUGUUUCUGGUCCGGCAGAGCGAGACGCGCAGGGGAGACUACGUCCUCACCUUCAACUACCAAGGGAAAGCAAAGCACCUGCGCCUCUCUCUGACGGAGUGGGGUCAGUGCAGAGUGCAGCACCUCCGCUUCCGCUCCGUGAUGGAGAUGCUCGGCCACUUCCGCCUCUUCCCCAUCCCGCUGGAGUGCGGAGCCGCCGGCGCCGUGACCCUGUCCAGCUUCGUGGUGGCCGGCUCCAGCCCUCCGUCACAGGGUCAGCUCUCAGGCGCUCUCCUCGUCCCCUUCUCCCUCCACCGGUGGAGCUCUGAGCCCAGCUUGGCUCACUGCAGCCUGGCCCGCAGCUCCAGUCAGCCCCGCUCCUCCUGCUCCGCCACCAGCACCAGCACCAGCACCAGCACCGCCAGCGGCAGCAUCCUCGGCAGCCCCCCCACCACCAACACCGCCACCACCGCCAACACUCCCAGUCCCAGCUCCGCUUCACAGCUGGGAAACCACCCGCCCACUCGCGGCAACUCGGUCCGUGACCCCGCUCCCUCGGUCCCGCCCUCUCUGCGUCGGAGCGAGUCCGUGGGGAGGAGGCCCGCGCUCCGUCAGCCCACCUCCCACCCUCCCAUCAUCCCUCAGCGGGACUCGGACUACGAGCUUGAGCCUGACCGGGGUCGCAAGCGGGCCAUAGACAACCAGUACAUGUUGCUCUGACCCACUGAGACAAACCCCCCCAUCCUCCUCCUCCAUCACCUCUGACAGACAAACAGACAAACAAGACAGACAGACAGACAGUCACCUGCACACAUCCCACAGACACAGCAGACUCACGAACUUGAGGCCGACAAGUCUUUGUCUGACGAACGUGUCAGAACAUAUACACACACUCGCCACGUCCGACGCUGGGUGUGUGUUUCCCGGCGUCGGACCCUCACAGCCUCCAUCCAGAGUGUCCACAGUGAAUGUAUUAGUAGUUUUAUAGCAGCGUUGACUAUGAUUAUUCUCCUUUUUUUUUUUUUUUUUUUUUUUUUUUAAUUGAUGUUGAGGUUCUGUGCGAGGGACGGAGAGUCACGUGAGUAACUGUCCUCGAGCCCCCCGGGCAGAGAAACAUUAUUUUACAAUGUUAAACCUCCAGGGAAGUCGUAUAGAGGUGCGUUUGGUUUCAUUAGCAUCUGAACUGUUGGGAAAGCACUGCCUGCAAAAACUGGUUGAGUGAAGGCUCCUUUCAAAUAUUUAAGACAUUCAGUCUUCACACCAGCGUGGUGUGAACCCCCCCAACAAGACAAAAGCACUCUGAUCUGAUAUAGGGUGCGAUGAUAUUAGUCAUUCUUCCUCUUGUGCAUUAUUACGUAUUUUAAGUGCACGUCGCCUUCAGUGCACUUUGGAAACAAUGUGUAUUUUUUUUUACAGUACACAGAUUCUUUUGUAGAAAAAUAAUAAUAAUAAUAAUAAAAAAAAUAAAAAUAAAAAGGAGAGGAGUUGGUUAAAGAUAGUUGGGAAGCUGCACUGCUUCCACUCCUUCGAAACCUUCGCUGACGCGCCGCAGGAAUGAUUCAAGAUAAAGCUUUUCACCAGCACUGUUUCAUCUAAAGCUAAGUUUAUGGUGUGAGGUGUACGUGAGACGAGUGAAAGUGAAGCUCAGAGGCUCAGCUGCAUGUGUUUUUUUUUUUUUUUUUUUUUUGUUCAUCUCAGCCCGUGUGAAUCCCAGGACUUUCCUAACAUCACCGUCGAGUGUCUUCGCACCGUCGCGUGUUGAAUUUCAAGCACCAAAGACGUUAGUGCACAAAAAGGCGGCCUCACGGAAAUCAUUUCUGCCACAAAAUCACAAUAAAGUCUUAUAAUAUAAUAUUAUAAAACGAUAUAUGGAUAAAAAUAUCACCCUCCUGAUUCUUUUUAAGUUAUUUUUUAAGAGGUAUUAAUUGCCACUAACUUAAUAACAGACAGUCUGAGGCUUCAUCCUUUUAAUUAUUCAUUUUAAUUCAAGCAAUCAAGUGUUUAACUCACAGUGAAACCAGCAUCAAACCAAAACUUACUUCCACUUAAAAUGAAAGAAUGAUUUUGUGGCUAAAAGUGAUUCACCAACAUGAGACGUUUAGUUUCAUUUUGUGUGGGGGGAAAAAAAAAAAAAAUCCACAAUUCGAGCGAGAAACUUGAACAGCUUCACUCCAAAGACCGUGAGAGUGGGAACGGCUCCACGUAGACAGGAAAUGAAUCAAAGCCGGGCAUUUGACACAGUCUGAAUCAUUUAUCUUUUCUGUCUUUUUUUUUUUUUUUUUUAUUUGGGAGGGCGGGGGGAUUCUCUAAACUAAACAUGAGGGUCACAGCGCUGGACGCUUCAAGCCAGGCUCAAAACGAUAUUUUCCACACCCAGUUUUGCCACGGUUUGACCAUCUAGCACCAAACCCUCAAAGGGCUCUUUUAAAAGUAGGACGGUGACGCGGUGCAGCUCCUCGUUUUUUUCAUAUUUACACGUCUCAUUCCCCGUUUCAGACCAAUAUUGAUCCCGGGAGUCGUACCGCGUUCCCGCCUCUACUUUCUACACGCAUAGCAUUAAUUAGUUUUCAUAGUAUUUUCUGUAUAACUGCGCCACCGCAGCUAAAAACCAAGGAAGAGCUGUGAAACAAAAUGUUUCUACACUAUGUCAUUUAUUUUUAUUUUUAAAAAAAAUAGAGCGUCUUUGUGAGGAAAAGGCUUUGAAAGUGUCUAAAUGUGAAGCACCGGUGAUUAGACUCAGACGUUGAGCCAGUUUAAAGCCACGCUGGCUACGACAGAUGUUAACUCAGGUGUGACUAGAAGGUUAAGAUGAUUGCAUCCGAAAACCAAAAAAAAAAACAAAGCCUUUACCAAAGCCCCUUAAAAAAAAAAAGAGCUGAUUUGAAGCCGCUCUGAUGUGAACCUCGUCCCUCCUUACAGAAAACACAACAUGUGAGAAGCAGCCACUUGUUGACAUAAAAGCAGUAGUUUGGACGUCGCACCUAAGAUUAAAUGUCAAAUUCUCUGUAAUUUUUUCUUUCUUUUUUUCUUUUUUUUUUUUUUUUAUUUUCCAGUAACUGAAGCUUCAUUAGCAGCCGAACGCCAUUUGGGAAACAGUGUGCUAGGACUUGUCUGUCUUCUAACUUUGCUUUAACACUAACUUCAGCAGAUGAUCUUUAGAUUAAGCUUCAGUAAACCUCUGCUUAGAAAAACAAAAGGCGACUGGAUUUCCUCCAGAGUUUACUCUGCUUAUUACACAAUAACAAGUCAGCUGUGUCUACCACAGGAACAUUUUUUAUUAUUAUUAUUUUUUUUUAAUUGUCAUUUUAGUUUUUUUUUUUUUUUAACAAUGGUUGUGUCGUUCUCUUUAACGUAUCAUCAAGACUGACAUCUUUUAAGGGGAACAAAAACAAGGAUGUUUUUGGCAAAAGUACGGUUGGUCUUCCUGCCUUUUAAUGUGCCCGAGUCUAAACAAACCCCCCCUCCCACCUCCUCAUCACUUCUCUGUUUCUGCAAAGGGAAAGCAACGGUAGUGUAGCCGCGACUCCUCUGAAUAUCUCUUUGCUGAUCCUUCAUCUUGGGAGAAUGACUGUGCCUUUUGCCAGAAAGCUGCUGUUGCGUUUCCCGUCUUGGAAAAGCUCAGGGUGUGAAUGUGUGUAGUGCAAUAUCUGCGAGACGCCCCGCGCUUCACAGCGGGAGCGAUCAGAGGCUUCUCACGCAUGAAUCCAGCGCCCCUGCGCCGGCUCAUAGGCUGAAGGAAUAAAUGUUCCCAAGAAAAGCGUCGCUUUUGCGUUUAAAACCCGGGGCUACUGCUUCAUUCGCUUCGCAGCUUUUUACUUACACGAAUCGAGUUAAUGCUAAAGAAGAUCGCCGUGUACCUCAGGUGUCUUUAAUUCCUCCACAUGCACUCCACAAAGGCCUUCAGCCCGCCCCCACUUCCCCCUCUCUUUUUUUAAAAAAAAUAAAUAAAUGAAUGAAUAAAAAAUGUCCAGUUGAUGAAUGUAAUGUGUUCUCAAUACUGUUCAUCCUGUUUGUUAACUUAGCACUGUAAACAUUCCAGUUCGACCAAACGUCACAGCCAACUAUAAAAAAAACCCACAACAGCUUUUAAAACCUGUCAUCGUGUUUGCCUUCCUUUUCAGUUAUAAUCAUCUAAAUUAUAUUAAAUAUAUACCAACUGUAUAUUUGACUUUUUUUUUUUUUUUUUUACAAUAAAUAACCAAAGAAAAA